CACAUCUUAACAGCGUGCACCUGCGUACUACCCAACUUUCUACACCAUGCCAUCUAUUCAUGUCUUGAUCUAUGUUUUGACUUUCUGGUUGAGUCCAACAUUGGAUCACUUGGGGAGUCCAUUGUCACAUGGAGCAAGCGCCGCUGCAACGCCAUCAAUCAAAAGGCUUGUCCAAGUGGAGAAUCCUGAUAGAAUCGCUUCAGGCGCCGAGUCAAAGAACAAGCAUUUCCCCGAAGGAAAGUUAUUCCAGACCGGAGCAGAGGAAGGCGAAAACUUUGGUAUAGGAAGCAGCCACAUUGCCGAUAGACCCUUGGAGCCUAUGGAUGAUAAGAGCAUCCAGGAAAAUUCACAGGAGUUCAAGGGAACGGCCUCGUUCGAGCCGCCCAAAAGCAUCCGCUCAAAAACUGAUGCAACCAACAUCGAACCGUCUCCCUCUGAUUCCCCACAACAUGCCUCGAGCAUUCACCACGUGGAAACGCGUACGCACCCCGGCGCCCUGUCUGCGCGACACGGAAAAGAAAGUAUUUCCAAUCUCGAACCCAAUUACACGAGAACACCAAGCGACUCUUCAGGUUACGGCUAUGACUGGCAUAGCCAAACUCACCGGCUUGGGCGGAUUGAGAACACUGACAAGUACGGCACAAACAGCGCACAUGAGGUAGUGAACCUGCAGCCAUUUGAAUGGAGAUUACAGCCUUUUAAUUAUUACCAACUCACCGCCGUCUACCAACCAGUCACUCAGUGGGGUUAUGUACCUGUCCCGAUUGAUCCGAAUCGAACAAGCGCGCCGAAUCAUCCAUAUCAAACAAUCGCAGGGUUCCCCCCGGCAAACCCUUACAGAGCAACAAAUUAUGUCGGUAACUUUGCGGAAAGAGGCGAUUCUAAUUCAGUUCCAAAUAAAUUGUCUCGAAAAGAAGGGCCCUUCAAACCACCGAAUUCUUCAAACCUUGCCAAUCGGGCUAGCCUCGAAAAAUCUCCUCGGCAAUGGAAACCAGUGGACAAAGGUCAAGCUGGGAGCUCUUCAUCUAAAUCCCCAAAGAAAUUCUAUAACCCUGUCAAAACAACAUCCGAAGCAGACAAAACUCAUGCAGAAGUGUCUGAGAUGGGAGCUGGGAAUCCGCACGACCUUUUUGGGGAAAGCGCAGAUUCUCAUCUGAGCUUGUCAACACAUCAGUCAAAGGAAUUAGUGAAGCUCAUGUCAGGAUCCAAAUAUGAAUCAAUUAUGAUAUCUCAAAACCAGUUGCCAAUUUCCCCUCCCGAAGAAUCAAAGCCAAGUUUUUCAAGGAAUACAAUAAUAGAUCCGGAAAGUUCAAGCGAGGUAGGAAGAUCGGGCCCAACGCCAAGUUCAAGCGGGAUAAGCACCAGCUGGACAGAUGCUUCAAGUGAGGCUGAAUCUCCAGGUGAAAUAGACUCGGCAAGUCAAACGGGAACUUCCAAUAAGGUGAGAAAUCAUUCAGUGGGGAGUCCGAUAACAAUUCAAGGGCAGAAGAAGGCCAAGUCGCUAGAUUUCCAUACCCUAGAUCAAAUCUACUUCAAAGAAACAUCACCAGAUACAUCAUGUGAAGUGAAAAAUCAUGGAAAGCAGAAAAAAAUUCAACCUGAACGGCAAAGAUCGAGAAGUUCGAGUGGAGAUACUACAGAAGAUGAAUUGGAAGCACACCCAGAUCAAAACAAGCAAAUUGAAGAUCACAACACUCAGGAUAAUCGGAAAGCCGACAGCAUUGCGGAAGGGAAUAAUAAAGUUCCUACAAGCUCUCACCAAGAUGAGUCUGCAAAAGAAGAUCGGAAGCACAAGGCUAAGAGAAAAAAGAAAAACAACAAACCCGACAAAGAUUUUGAUAAUGAAGCAGAACAUGGGGCUGUGAAGGGCUCCAAGCCGGUCUCAACCUCACCAAAUAAUAAUAAAUUCGAGCUAAUUUCACCACAUAUGCAUAAUGAGAUUGAAAAGUCAAAUGUCAAUGCCGAGGAAACCAUUGCGCAGAUACGCGUAUGA